AUGGUGAAAAUCCCCUUCUGGAGCACCCUUACAGGUGGAGUCAGCAAGAAGAAGAGCGACACCGACAACAAUGAUCAAGUCAAUGAGAAAUUGCCCAUCCGCGAGAAGAAGUCUGAAGAGAUUGUUGGGGGUCCCUCUGCCAUUCAACCGCCUGUUGUUAUCGUAUCCGACGAUGCAUCCCUUCACCUAGAGCCUGUCCCCGACAGAAAAGGCCUAAUCGUCAAAGUCCAGCCCCCAACUGCCCCCUCCACGGAAAUUCCACACGUCCCCUGCGACAUUGUUCUCGUCAUUGAUGUCUCGGGCAGUAUGGCUGGAGCUGCUCCCGUCCCUGGAGAGGAAACAAACGAGAGCACCGGCCUCUCCAUCCUGGAUCUCACCAAGCAUGCCGCCCGCACAAUCAUCGAGACAAUGAACGAGGGCGACCGUCUGGGAAUAGUCACAUUUGCAAGCAAGGCCAAGGUUGUGCAGCCGCUUCUUUCCAUGACCAGCGAGAACAAGGAGCGUUCCAGGGAGAAUGUUACGAGCAUGAGACCCAUUGAUGCUACCAAUCUUUGGCACGGUCUGCUCGAAGGUAUCAAGCUGUUUAAGAAUGUCAAAUCCUCCAAUGUUCCUGCUAUCAUGGUUCUUACCGAUGGCAUGCCAAACCACAUGAACCCUGCGGCUGGCUUCGUCCCCAAGCUCCGCGCCAUGGGACAGCUCCCAGCAUCCAUUCACACCUUUGGCUUUGGCUACCACCUCAGAUCAGGGCUGCUCAAGUCUAUUGCCGAGAUCGGCGGGGGCAACUAUGCCUUCAUUCCGGACGCCGGCAUGAUUGGCACCGUGUUUGUCCACGCCGUUGCAAAUCUGCAGAGCACGUUUGCCACCCGCGCCGUCCUGAAACUCACAUACUCUAAAGCCCUUGAGUUGGAGGAGACGACUGGCGCGUCCGUGGAACAGCAGCCUCCUCAACCCGUGGACGGUUCCGAUGAUGGCGAGAUGGAGCUGACCUUGAACCUCGGCAACAUUCAAUAUGGCCAGUCUCGAGACAUCUUCCUCCGCGUCAAUAACAUAUCCAAACUGGAAUCUCUGAAGGAGAAAGAUGCUUCGAGUUCACUCGUCAAUGCCUCCAUCGCUUACCUCAAGCCUGGAGGUGAACCCACAACCCCCAAUGCCGCUUCCAAGAAAACCCCCUUCACACCCGUGAAAUCUGUCCGCCGCAGUGUCCUCGACACCAGCGACCUCCCCGCAUCUGAGAUUGCUUACCAUGAAUCCAGAGCCAUCAUCUGCAGCUUCAUCUCAUCAAUCUUCCCCAUCCAACCCGACGGCGAACACGAGGUCGCCAAGAAGCUUGCGGAAUCUAAAAAGGACGAGUUAAUCGCCCUCAUCGAGAAUCUUCCUGCCAAGCCUUUUGAUGACCCAAAGAAUGAAUCACUCAAAAAAGAAAUCUCGUCUGAAGACCCCAAGGGUCAGGUCUUUUUGGCCCUUGAGAGUAUGGCCUACUUUAACAAAUGGGGCUGCCACUUCCUCCCAUCCCUCCUUAACGGACACACCCGUCAAAUAUGCAAUUCUUUCAAGGAUCCUGGGCCUCUACAAUAUGGCACUGAGAGCCCCUUAUUUAUUUCAUGCCGGGAUCUGCUCGACCAGGCAUUUGACAAUCUGCCUGCCCCAGAACCAUCACGAGCAGUGCCAAUGCCGCAACAUCGCGGUCGUGCCCGUGGCUCACGAUCCAGCGGCACACGAUCGAGCUUCUUGGCCUCAUCCAUCAACAUGAGCAAGUACCGUAACGUCAGCGGCGUGUGCUUUGCAGCCUCGACAGACGUGACACUCGCCUCGGGUAGGAUUGUACAGAUCAGGAAGCUCCGUCGGGGUAUGAAAGUGCGAACACCCCGGGGCUCAAGACGAGUCGCCAUGGUUCUCAAGACACCUGUUGAGCAGGAGUUACUAUGCCGAAUGGGCAAGGUUCUUGUGACACCGUGGCAUCCGGUGUCCAACGACGGGAAGCGCUGGAGCUUCCCAGCCAACGCGGCUGAAGGCAUGGUGCUUUACACUGGAUGUGUCUACUCCGUCCUGCUGGAGCGGGACCGAAACUCGAGCGCCCACGCUAUUCGCGUUGGUGACAUGUGGGGUGUGACUCUCGGCCAUGGCUUGACCAUUGGUAGUGAUGUUCGAGCACACUCCUUCUUUGGAGACUAUAAUAAUGUCGGAAAGAGUCUUUUGGCUCUUGGACGCCGCAGGCACGGUGUCGUGAUUGGAGGAGGUGUUGAGAGAGAUCAAGACACGGGAUUGGUUAGAGGCUUCAAAGCACCCAACAAGGGUGUAAAUGAAGAUGUAUGA